AUGGCAGUUAAAACGGCACUCUUUUUAUUAGCAUUCGUGGUCUUAGUUGCAAGAACGCAUUCUCAUGCCAAAGAACCGGCUCAUGCCCCGGUGAAGGCCCCCGUCCCUUCUCCAAAGAAGGCUCCGGUUCAUGCUCCGGCCCAUGCACCAACAAAGCACCACCAUGUGCCUCCUCCCAAGAGAGCUCCGAUCCCUGCUCCAGCAAAACCUCCUGUUCAUCCUCCAUUAAAGGCGCCCAGCUAUGUGCCUCCUCCCAAGAAAGCUCCUAUCCAUGCUCCAGCAAAACCUCCUGUUCAUCCUCCAUUAAAGGCUCCUACAGCUCCCAUUGCUCCGAUACAUGGUUGUGUGGCCAUGUGUGAAGAGUACUGCAAACCAGUGAGCCCCAAAAGGCCAUGCAUGAAAGUAUGUACUGCCUGCUGUGCCAAGGACAAAUGUGUACCCGUCGGAUCCAAGAAAUGCACCAAUUGGGGUCGGGUCAUGAUCCAUGGAGAAAUGGUUAACUGCCCCUGA